AAGAUACUAGAAGCUGUGAGCUGCAGUUGGUGGUUUGCAGUCUAUCGUCCGUCCUUGGAGACUUAUAGCUACUAUAUAGUUUUUCAGUUGUUAAGAGAAAUUUCAGCUACAGAGCAGCAGUGCACUAUUUGGGAAGAAGCUGAGAACAUCUGGUUCUGUUUCUUGCAGCAUUGCUAAAAAGUGACAUUAAUUUGGCGAAUAGCUGUGUCAAUCUUCCUGUGUAAACAACUUUAAAACUUCGUCAUAGUUUUCACUUCAAGAUGUCUGGAAUGAAGAGACCAGUGUUAUCCCUUCCCUGGGAAGAGGAUGAAUGUCUAGAAUACUAUGGUAUGCUAUCUUUACAUCGCAUGUUUGAUGUAAUAGGCUCCCAGCUAACUGAAAAUGAUGUUGAGGCCCUCUCAUUCCUGUUGGAGGAAUCACACCCAUUCACACACCCCUUGGACCCACAGCUUUGGAAUUUCGAGAAUGAAAAUGGUGAUGUAGAAAACAAUAGUGCCUUGCUCACUGCUUGGCAAAGACGGAACAGGCGCUCUGCCCAUAAUGAAAAUACAACUUUUAACUUGGACUCUCCUGAUCUUCUUCAUCCAAAAAAUGGCACUGAACUGCUCCUAGAGCUUGAAAGAAGAGGCAAAUGUGAUGAAAGCAAUUUCACACAACUCUUACAGCUUUUGCGAAUACUUACACGACAUGAUCUGCUUCCAUAUGUCACAAUGAAACGACCACGCACAGGCUCAAAUUCUAACAAAAGAAAACGAGGUGGAACCAAAAAGAGGAGCCUAUGCCCUAAACCUAAGAGAAGCAAAGUUAGCAGCACUCCUCAGCAGGCACAGGCAGGACUGAAUAAAGUGACAUGUGGUAUUCGCUUGAGAGUCAGAGCAGAGUAUUGUCACCAUGAAUCAAUCCUGAGCCAGAAUGUGCUGUCUGUCAAACAGAACUUGCUUGAAAAGCAGUUUGAUUUAUUUAGCCAGUCCAACACAGUGUUGAAAUCCCGAGACCUUGGUUCUAUCAUCUGUGAUAUCAAAUUUUCUGAACUUUCGUACCUGGAUGCCUUUUGGGCGGACUAUAUGAAUGGCUCCCUUCUUGAGGCUUUGAAGGGAGUCUUCAUAACGGAUUCUCUCAAGGAAGCUGUGGGACAGGAAACCAUCCAGCUCCUAGUUAAUGUAGAUGAGGAUGAUUAUGAAGAAGGGAGAAGGAUGCUUCUGGAGAAUGUUCCUCAGCAAUCACUAUGAGCUUUAUCAAAGUGACCUCACUUUGGACAAUUAUGUACUGCCACCCGGCAAAUGAAGUGCAAAAACAUUCUUACUGUACCUGCUGGUCAUCAGGAAUACAGACUUAAUUUUACAGGACAUGCAUUCAAUGUUCAUACAGGCUCACAUUCUGUUUUUUAUGAAGCAUAUAAUAUUACUUGAAGAGCCUAAAUGUGGCAUUGAUCUUAAAAAGGAAUAGGUAGUCGGAAUCCAAAAGCCUCUUAGCUGAAGGAUUGGUGGUGAUCUUAGUAUGCUGUUCCUGAUAGUUUGUACCUCCAUGAUUGGUGUGGAGGGGGAAUGUGAAAAGGUAUUUCCUUAAAAAGGAAUUGUCAAAUUACCCCUACUAAAGUACUAUUUUCAAUUUCCUAAAUGAUAAAAGCUUGUAAGAUCUAUGUGAGUUGCAUAGAGCUGGCAUCACUGCUGUCAAUGCCUGAAGGUAUUUUGGCAAUUGUCAGUUUACACUUGAGUAAACAACAUACAAGCUUUCAGUUGGACAUCUUACAAGCCCUAAAGCAUUCAACCUGUUAUAAGGUUCUUUUAAGUACCUUUCUAAUUUUUCGAAAUAGUUUCCCAUUAACUAGGGAUCAACAAAAAAAGGGCACAAUGACAAACUGAAUAUAGAAGGUAAUUGCACGCAAGACAGCAAAUUUCCAAAAUUGAAACAGUUGCUGAGGCAUGUGUAUGAGAGAAUAUUGUGGAUCUCAAAUUUUUUGGGUUUUUUUUCUGGCCAGACAAAAAAAAAACGUAAUGGUGUAGUUUAAGGGAAGCAAAGGUUGUAGGAGCCAAUAAUUUAUUUUUCUGAAAUGUAUCUUAUUUAUUUUCAAAUUGAACAAUGGAAGAGGGAAAAAAUCUACACCACAUUAGUUGGCCCUACUACUAUGAAAGGUUAACAUUUGCAGUCAUAAAAUCCAAUGUUAAAUAUGUUAAUUUUUUUUUGUUUUGACUGCUAAACAUCCCUAUAAUUUAUUUUAAAAAAAUGUAUUUCUAUGGAUCAUUUUCCUUUUUUUAAUGUAAAUAUAAACAUUCUAUUAAAGAUUUGUAAUUUUUUUUGUAUAGCAAAACAUUUUUCUGUGUUUUCUUGAAAAAAAAUAAAAUAAAAUGAUAGAA